AACUCGGUUUGGGCCAGCGGUCGCCAGUGACCCUUCAGCCUCCUGCUUGAGAAGAUGUUGGCCGUAGUGGUGUUUGCCGUCGUAGCCGCCGUGCAGGUGGAGUGCGCGCCCAACCAGCUGUGGCCAGCCGCCCAGAAGCCCUCUGCCUUCGCGCCACCCAAGAAGCCCAUCUUCGGGGCCAAGGAGGCGCCGGCGAAGGUGGACAGCGCCCUGGCCAACCAACAUGCCUACGAGCAGUUCAUCAACACGUGGCUUCAGCAGGCGAGUCUCACUCUCAACCGGCCGGAGCUCCUGAAGUUCCUGAAGCCGCUCGCCCCAGCCGCCGCCGCCGCCCCGACGCCGGCUCCUGAGGUCGUGCCUGCCAUCGGGCAGAGCGUCGUGUCCUCCCUCGUCGAGCCGGAGGUCGCUGGCGCGCUGGAGGAGGUCAUCCCGCUGGCGGCUGCUGAGGAGGCGCCCGCGGAGCCAUCUCUCCCCGCCGACGCCCUCGUUGAGACACAGGACGCAGCUCCUCCUGCCGAGGAGAGGCCGUUCUUCCAGGAAGAAGCCGAGGUGGGUCCCGUCCCCGUCGAGCUGAGACCAGUGCCCAUUGAGCCCGAGGUUCUCGCUGCGACUCCCGAACCCGAAGUUGUCCUCGUGGCCGCUGAAGCCGAGGCGGUCCCCGUGGCCGUUGAAGCCGAGGCGGUCCCCGUGGCCGUUGAAGCCGAGGCGGUCCCCUUGGCCGUUGAAGCCGAGACUCAAGGCAUCCAAGUUGGGGCUGACACGAGCCUUGUGGCCGCCCAGCCAGAGCAGCUCUUCCCCCUCGCCUCCGAGGCUGAGGUAGUUCUCGAGCCGCUGGUGACAGCCGAGGCCCUCCCGUCACUGGCAGAGCAGGACACCAGCACCGUCCUCCUCGCCACCGAGGCCCCUCCCCUGUUCCCCUCGCCCCGGAACCCGUCGCCGAGGAGCGCCAGCAGGAGUCCGCCCCAACAGCCAGGAGUUUCAGCUCCGUGAACCGCAUGCUGGAAGUCGCCCCACUUGAAGAGCAGACUCCAGCAGCUCAGCCAGCCUCGGUAGUACACCAGGCUGCCCCUGUCACGAACCCUGCCUUCCCAGGCGCUGUCUUCUUCCCCAGCGUGGUCAAACCCGUCCGCCUGGCCCCUCUGCCGGCGUCUAGCGGGGCCGUGACCACCCAGGGCCUCACCUAUACCCUGCAGUUCUUCCCGACGCAGGACCGCUCGCACUUCUUCGUCUCCACCAAGCUCGGCAGCUGAAAGGGCUCACUGAGAUGCCCCUUAGUUGUAAUUGUAGAUUCUAGUCUUUCCUUUACUUUAAUCUUAUAACUAUAUAUUUUGGCUCUCUCCUCUCUCGUUGCCAUAUCGAAAUUGCUACUCUUUUCUCCCUAUAUUUUCUGUAAAUAUCAUUUCGUUUGUAUAUAAGAAUUCUU